CAGCCUGUGCUCGGCGCCAGACCCGGCUCCGCCGUCCGGCCGCUCGCCCGCAGCGGCUCGUCACCUCCGGGGUCCCAGCCUCCACGGGCCGGGACCGCCGCCGCCGCCGCAGGACGGGGAGGCGGGCCAUGGCGUCCUGCGUGGGGAGCCGGACCCUGAGCAAAGAUGAUGUGAACUACAAGAUGCAUUUCCGGAUGAUCAACGAGCAGCAAGUGGAGGACAUCACCAUCGACUUCUUCUACCGGCCGCACACCAUCACCCUGCUCAGCUUCACCAUCGUCAGCCUCAUGUACUUCGCCUUCACCCGGGAUGACUCUGUCCCAGAGGACAACAUCUGGAGGGGCAUCCUCUCUGUCAUUUUCUUCUUCCUUAUCAUCAGUGUGUUAGCUUUUCCCAAUGGCCCAUUUACUCGACCUCAUCCGGCCUUAUGGAGAAUGGUUUUUGGACUCAGUGUGCUCUACUUCCUGUUCCUGGUGUUCCUCCUCUUCCUGAACUUCGAUCAGGUUAAAUCCCUGAUGUACUGGCUGGAUCCAAAUCUUCGAUAUGCCACAAGGGAAGCCGACGUCAUGGAGUAUGCUGUCAACUGCCACGUCAUCACCUGGGAGAGGAUUAUCAGCCAUUUUGAUAUAUUUGCGUUUGGACAUUUCUGGGGCUGGGCCAUGAAGGCCUUGUUGAUCCGUAGUUAUGGUCUCUGCUGGACAAUCAGUAUUACCUGGGAGCUAACCGAGCUGUUCUUCAUGCACCUGCUGCCCAAUUUCGCCGAGUGCUGGUGGGAUCAGGUCAUCUUGGACAUCCUGCUCUGCAACGGUGGCGGCAUCUGGCUGGGCAUGGUCGUUUGCCGCUUCCUAGAGAUGAGGACCUACCACUGGGCCAGCUUCAAAGACAUCCACACCACCACCGGGAAAAUUAAAAGAGCUGUGCUCCAGUUCACUCCUGCUAGCUGGACCUACGUUCGAUGGUUUGACCCCAAGUCAUCUUUUCAGAGAGUGGCUGGAAUAUACCUUUUCAUGAUCAUCUGGCAGCUAACUGAGUUGAAUACCUUCUUCUUGAAACAUAUCUUUGUGUUCCAAGCCAGUCAUCCAUUAAGUUGGUGUAGAAUUCUCUUUAUUGGUGGCAUCACGGCUCCCACAGUGAGGCAAUACUAUGCUUACCUCACCGACACACAGUGCAAACGUGUAGGAACACAGUGCUGGGUAUUUGGGGUCAUCGGUUUCCUGGAAGCUAUCGUGUGCAUAAAAUUUGGGCAAGAUCUCUUCUCUAAGACCCAAAUACUCUAUGUUGUGCUCUGGCUUCUUUGUGUGGCUUUUACCACCUUCCUGUGUCUCUACGGCAUGGUUUGGUACGCUGAGCACUAUGGUCACCGAGAAAAGACGUACUCCGAGUGUGAAGAUGGCACCUACAGUCCAGACAUCUCCUGGUCUCAUGGGAAAGGCUCAAAAGGUUCUGAAGACAGCCCACCCAAGCAUCCAGGCAACAACGAGAGCCACUCUUCCAGAAGAAGGAAUCGGCAUGCCAAGUCAAAAGUCACCAACGGAGUGGGAAAGAAAUGAAAACGCCUGGCUCGUCGCAGAUGUCCCAGAGAGUGCCUAGAACUGAGGGGGAAACGGGAUGGUGUGGACCUCUCCGUGCGGAGGGCAAACACGCAGUGCCAUCAGGACAAGGAGAGGGGUUCGGGGGUCUUUAUUUGAGAGCGUGAGUCUUGUUUCCCAUAGACCCGGCCACCCUGGGUGGCUCAUUGCCUGGGAUCCUUUGCCAAUUCGGGGUCUCUUCUAACUUCAGCACUUGCCAUACGGUCACUGGGAGGCACCCGGAGUGCUGGCGGGUGGGGGCUCCCUCCCCGCCGCCCAGGACAGCGCUGCAUUGGUGUGUCCUGUGGUCGUGGGGCCAGAGACUUGCGGACUGGUGACCGGUCUUUAUUUUUACAAAUCUGCCUCUCCCUUUGGACCGAUGGGUCCAGGUUCAGGCCCCCAUUCUGCCUUCUAUUUUAUCGUCGUUAGUAUUUGGUUUUAAGUUAGAAGCCACUGCUGAAGUUGAGUUGAGGAGGGCACUUCCCUCCCCGGAGGAGGGCGUCUGUGUCGCUCUCUCGCAAACGCGUCCCCUCUUGAGGACCUUACACCAUGCGCAGUGGGAGGAAACCGGUCUGAGCAAAGGGCCGCUGCUCACAGAGGCUCCAGGGCUUCAGGUCAGAACCCGUCCUAUUCGUUCCCAACGUCGUCUGUCCUGACCGGCCACAGUGCACAGAAGCGGGGCUGCUCCCAGGCCGCGCACACCGGGCUUCUCUCCCAGCCAGGUGCCUUCUAUAUUGUGUUGGUUUCCCCCCGUGCCACGUGGCUGAUGUUGUCUUUUAGUCCCAUGUGAGGUGCUGGUGAGUAUUACCUUCCAUCCGUGCCAUGCUCUAGAACAUUUACUUACCCUGAUAGUUCACCACCUCUGAUGGAUUCCUGUUUUAAAUAAAAUAAUUCAUGUGAAAGUCCAUCAAA